CAAAAUCGCUGUUUGCGGCGUUGUUGUGUUGAUUUGUAUUAAGCUCACGAUUAUUAAUAAAAUAAACAAAUAAUAAGUCACUUACUAAGCACAAUUACCCAAUAAAAUGGAAGGAUUUGAUGAUCCUGGUGUUUUCUUUUCCGACAAUUUUGGAGUCGAGGAAAAUGAAUCUCAAGAUCAAGUUAACCUACAAGCUGUAAAGAAGAAGUUCAAAGAAUUUAUUCGCCAGUUUCAUGUUGGGAAUUUCAACUACAAAUACAGAGAUGCUCUUAAACGUAAUUACAACCUGGGAAAAUAUUGGGUUGAAAUAAAUAUAGAGGAUUUAUCAAGUUUUGAUGAGGUUCUUGCUGAAAAACUGUACAAGAAGCCAAGUGAACACCUUCCUAUCUUAGAAGAGGCUGCUAAAGAGUUGGUAGAUGAGCUGACAGCUCCUCGGCCGGAGGGUGAGGAGACAGUUGAAGACAUACAAGUGCUUCUGUCUUCUGAUGCACACACAUCCAAUCUCAGGGAGCUAAAGUCAGAAACUGUGUCCCGGCUGGUAAAGAUCCCUGGCAUUGUGAUAUCCGCAUCCGGCAUCAAGGCUAAAGCUACGAAGAUCUCCAUCCAGUGCCGCUCGUGCCGCGUUGUCAUCCCCAACCUGCUCGUCAAACCUGGAUUGGAGGGCUAUGUCAUGCCUAGGAAAUGUAAUACGGAGCAGGCUGGUCGACCAAAGUGCCCAUUGGACCCUUAUUUCAUCAUCCCAGAUAAAUGCAAAUGCAUUGAUUAUCAGGUCUUGAAGCUACAAGAGGCCCCAGAAAGCAUCCCUCAGGGCGAAAUGCCGCGCCACCUGUCGGUUUACUGCGAACGCGUGCUCUGUGAGCGCGUGGCACCCGGCGCUAGAGUCCAAGUUCUCGGCAUCUACUCCAUCAAGAAGAUCGCCAAGCAGGGGAGAGAAGGUCGCGGCGAGAAGAGCGUCGGCGUGCGCUCGUCGUACCUGCGCGCCGUCGGGCUCUCCGCCGACGAGGGCGCCACCGGCGGCCUGCAGCCCUUCACGGCCGACGAGGAGGAGCAGUUCCGGCGCCUGGCGGCCUCGCCGGACAUCUAUGAGAGGAUCUCCAUGUCGAUAGCGCCUAGCGUGUUCGGGGCGGUGGAUAUGAAGAAGGCCAUCGCUUGUCUUUUGUUUGGAGGUGCGCGCAAACGCCUCCCGGACGGCCUGACCCGUCGUGGUGACAUCAACAUCCUCCUCCUCGGCGACCCCGGUACCGCCAAGUCCCAGCUCCUCAAGUUUGUGGAGAAAGUGUCGCCUAUCGGAGUCUAUACGUCGGGAAAGGGCUCCAGUGCGGCCGGUCUUACGGCUUCUGUCAUCAGGGACCCGGGCAGCCGCAAUUUCGUGAUGGAAGGUGGUGCGAUGGUACUAGCUGAUGGAGGCGUGGUUUGCAUCGACGAGUUCGACAAGAUGCGGGAAGACGAUCGCGUGGCCAUUCACGAGGCUAUGGAGCAGCAGACCAUUUCCAUCGCCAAGGCUGGCAUCACCACUACCCUUAACUCCCGCUGCUCCGUGCUAGCAGCCGCUAACUCAGUAUUCGGUCGCUGGGACGACACGAAGGCCGACGACAACAUCGACUUCAUGCCUACUAUCCUGUCUCGUUUCGACAUGAUCUUCAUCGUCAAGGAUGAGCACGAUCAGAACAGAGAUAUCACGCUCGCGAAGCACAUAAUCUCCGUGCACAUGGGCGGCGACAGCGCCGAGCGCGAGACGGCGGCCGGCUCGCUGCCGCUGGCGCUGCUGCGGCGCUACGCCGCCUACUGCCGCGCGCGCUGCGGGCCCCGGCUCGCUCCUACCGCUGCUGAGCGGCUGCAGGCCAGAUACGUGCUGAUGCGCACUGGAGCGCUGCAGCAUGAACGACAAGCCGAUAAGCGGCUGUCUAUACCCAUCACUGUCAGACAACUUGAGGCCAUCGUCCGCAUCUCCGAGUCCCUCGCUAAGAUGCAGCUGCAACCAUUUGCAACUGAAGCACACGUGACGGAAGCCCUGCGACUGUUCCAGGUGUCCACGCUGGACGCGGCCAUGACUGGCAGCUUAGCAGGUGCAGAAGGCUUCACCUCAGAAGAAGACCACGAGAUGCUCUCCCGCGUAGAAAAGCAGCUGAAGCGUCGCUUCGCCGUCGGCUCGCAAGUCUCCGAGCAGACCAUCAUUCAAGACUUCCUGCGGCAGAAGUACCCCGAGCGCGCCAUCCAGAAGGUCAUCCACACCAUGAUUCGGCGGGGCGAGCUGCAGCAUCGCUUGCAGAGGAAAAUGCUGUACAGACUUUCUUGAUUGUGUUUUGUUUGGCUGGAGUAAGUGCCCUUAUAUUAGUGUCUAAUGAAAAUACAGGAAGGUAGCGGAAGAGCUAAAUAUCGCAAAAUCCUCAAUAAGAUAUUUAUUAAAGUCCUCAAUAAGAUUGUAUUGAAUAAGAUAUGUACAUUUCUGAGAUUGUGCAUUAAAAUGGAUUUGUAUUGUAUUGGAAUAUCAUCACUGUAAAUGUAAAUGAUUACUGUGGCCGACUGAUGAACGGCCUCGUGGACUAGAUAAAACGUAUAAUGGUGGCGCGUUUUUGUGGAGAAUUGGACGAUGUCGCGCUAGUGUUUCACGCCCUUGUCCUUCGAAAAUAUUUACCUUGAGUUGAGUAAUUUCGUCCAUGUUUGUAUGACCAUUAUCCAUCUGUGUUUUUAUUGACACGCUCACAUUACCGACCUAUUUUUUAAGUUUGUGUUAUUUGUAUCGAAAUAAAACCACCUAAUUUUGUAAA